UUAUUCUCUAAAACAUUGUAAAUCUGCCAGCCUGUCUCCCUUCUUCACCAUGCCUUUGUGUUCAGGUUCCCUUUCUAGUACUCUUAUGGUGACUAUGGACACGUCUUCCUGGAGAAAAGAAAGCCUUACUUUCACCCAAUUGGAAGAAAUAAAUACUCCUCUCUCCCAUAUUUAGACACACAUUUACUUUCAGAUUUUAAGGGGACUGCCACUCUAAGAGCAAGUUGAUGCUACAGCUCCUUUGACAAUCUGAGAUGUCAGAACUUCAAAAGAUUGAAAUUACAUUUCUGAUUUAUGCAAGCUAAUAAAAUAAAGCAAGAUGGAGCAGAUUUUAGGAUAACAUUAAGCAUUUAAGGACUUCCAUAAUAUUUUUUAAUUAGGAUUUGGUAGAAGGUGUUUUUUUCUUCUCUUAUUUUUUAAUUGUUGCUCCUUGACAGAAAAAAUCCGGUGAAGUUUUACUUUGCUAUGUAUUUCUCUUUUGAUUUUGCUAUUUCUGUGUUGAUAUUUUUGGUUUCCUCCUCUGCCAUGUCUUUGACACAUUAUCAUCUGCCUUUCCUUUUUGUAAGUUCCAAUCUCCUUCUAAAAAUCCUUUUACAUUUCUUCCUCAAGGAAGAUCCUCAAGUUGCCCUUUCUUUCUGCUACACAAAUUCUCUCUACCUUGUAGUAAUAUCCCCUAAAGUGUGGUCUUGUCAAGCCAGAUCGGGGUAGUGUUGCUUCCAUAUAUUGGCAUUUCCUGAAGGCUUUCCACUUACAGCUUCACCUGGGUUUAGGGACAAAGAAGGAGUAGAGGGUGUAUCUGUAGGAGCCAUUCUUUCUGACUACCAGAGAGUUCGAGUGGAAGAUGUGUGCAGAAGGCUUAAUCUUCAGCCUUUAGCUUACCUCUGGCAUUGGAACCAGGAAAUACUGCUUAAAGAAAUGAUAUCAUCUAACAUUCAAGCCAUAAUCAUAAAAGUGGCAGCUUUUGGAUCUUCUAGGGCUAAGAGGAAGAUUAGAAUGAUUAGAAAUAUCACAUGCCUUCAUUCAUUUACAGGUUUAGAUCCAGAUAAGCAUCUAGGAAAAACUCUAGGUGAAAUGGAACCUGUUCUUCUGGAGCUCUCUGAGAAAUAUGGAGUCCAUGUUUGUGGAGAAGGAGGGGAAUAUGAAACAUUCACUCUGGACUGCCCUCUGUUUAAGAAGAAAAUAGUUGUAGAUUCAGCCAAGGUGGUCAUGCAUUCGGCUGAUGCAUUUGCACCUGUGGCCUACCUUCAUUUUUUAAAACUACACCUGGAGAAUAAGGAAGAAUCCUUGGGUACUUUUGUGGUCAGUAGCUGUUCUUGUGAGAUAAGCUGCAUGGAUGACGAUAUUUUUCCUUCAUCAGAAGAAUAUGAACCACAGAAAAAUAUUUCAGUUAUCUGGAAGACUUUGAAACAUAACUCUUUGUAUUUCACUAAGACACUUCAAAAAUCAGGAAAAUCCCUGAAUGGUUACCAAUGGUUUACAGGUAUCACUGCCCACUUCCUUCCAUCAAAGGAUAAAAAUGCUCCAGAUGCAGCACGGGAAGCAUUUUCUUCUCUCAGAGCUAAUUUGACUUCAGAGGGACUAAAACUGAAGGAUAUUAUUUUGGUUCAUCUAUAUAUGAAGAGCAUGAAAGAUUUCAGUGUUGUAAACUCAGUUUAUGUGACAGAAUUUGAUUUGUGUCCACCAACAAGGGUAUGCGUGGAAACACUGUUACCUGAUGGAGUGCUGUUUUGCAUUGACUGCCUUGCACAUAAGUAUGACAUGGCAACAGAUGAUGUAGUACAUGAUGAAAAGCUGGUCAUGCAUGUACAGAGCAUUUCCCACUGGGCACCUGCCAGCAUAGGACCUUACAGUCAGUCCAUCAGGGUUGGUGAUGUUCUCUACUGUGCUGGACAGAUUGCUCUGGUGCCCUGCACGAUGCAGCUGGUUAGGGGUGGCAUAUGUGUAGAGGCCAGCCUUUCCCUCCGGCACGUUGGGCGAGUGCUGCAAGCCAUGAGCCAGAAGACUGCCCUCCACCACGUCAUCGCAGCCACCUGCUACGUAACCAACAGCAAGAGCAUUGCUAUUGCUCGCUCCAUAUGGCAGAAGAAACUGGGAGAAUGCAAAAAGGCUGAAGAUUCAGAGAUGUAUCAUGAUGAAACUGCAGUAUGUGGGUUGCUUGCUGUGGUUGUAAUAUCUCACCUACCCAGAGAUGCUGCCAUUGAAUGGCAUGUUGUUGCAGUCGUUGAUGAUCCACUCCAAAGAAAACAUUUUGCAAUGAAGAUGUUGUCAGAGGGUUUCCAAAUUGAGUGUGAAUUUGUAGAGUCUAGUUCUGCAUCUUGUGCAUCAAUCUCGAUACGCCUGAGCUUGGUUUCAUCAUCUACUUCUCACCUUGAUUUAGAUGGACCUCUUCAUGACUUAGUUGCUAUGUUUAAACAAGCUGUCGAGAAACUUUCAGAAGACUGCAGUGGCAGUCCUUUGUCCUUCAGAGCUUUCUUCAAGGAGCACGUCUUUGAUGCUGAAACACUACAAAAAGGACUGCAAGAAUACCUUGAAAAAUAUUUGGAAGAGAAGACCCCAGCUCUGAUUUUAGUACCUGUGGUGGAUUUACCUGACAAAGAUGUCAUUCAUAUAACAUGCUGGAUAAGCUAGCAGUUUAAAGGAGAUGAGUUGAUACCAAAACACACAUACAUUCCAUCCAGGAGAGAACAAAGAACAAAGCUGAUACUAACUCCGUUGGAUACUUUCAUGAUGCAAUAUUGUUUGAUUUAAGCAAAGUUGCAUUACCUUGUUAAUGAUGCCGUGUGAUAUGUGACAGAGUCAGGUUUGUAUGAAGAAUAAAGCUUUCUUUUAAAAAUAA